AUGAAAACACCACAUACUGACAUCCAUCUGUUAGACUCGACGAACAAUUUGAUCUUCUCACCGAGUAAAAUCACCCGCCAAGUCCUAAACAUUGGCUACCUGCUGCACCCGUCCGUUCGAGACAAAAUGCAUUCCCACGCGCGGGUUGCUGACAUUGCCACGGGUACUGCGGCCUUCCUGCGCCAUCUCGCCCACGACUGGCCUGAUGCAAGCCUACAUGGCUACGACAUAUCAACCUCGCUCUAUCCACCCUCCAACACUCUCCCCCAAAAUGUGACUUUGUACCUUCUCGACGCCCGCAAUGAUGUUCCGGUCAACCUCUGGGGACAGUAUGAUAUCGUGCACGUUCGACUGAUUGCCGCCGGUCUGACAGCUUCCGAAUGGGCGAGAGUUGUUCGCAGCCUUGCUCGGCUUCUAAAGCCUGGCGGUGCUAUGCAGUGGGAAGAGUGCGAUUUUACUAACGUCCGCCACCUCCCGGGCCGGCCUGAUUCUACAAUCGAUGCUGCUAGUACCAUGGGAUUGAUGUUCAUGACUGCCAUGAAACCCCGGUUUGAGUAUGGCUGGAAUCGAUUGGCGACUGAUAUGCGCGCUGCUGGUCUUCUAGAUGUUCAUACUGAGGCCGUUGCUGUUGAUCGGGUGUAUGAUACGCGCGCGCGUUUGACUACGAAUGGAAUGAGGGCUAUAUUUGCGUGGGCGCGCCUCCAUUCCGCCAGAGGAUCGCAGGGGGCGUUAAACAUGCGGCAUAUUGAGGAUCUGGAGCAAAAGGCUUAUGCGGAUAUUCGAUCUGGUUGUUACGUUACAUUUGACAUUCACGUUGCCUGGGGAUUUCGGCCCGAGUAG